AUGGAUUCUACGGGUUCCAAGAAAGAGGUGUCACAAGUGCAGAAUGAUUUGGUUAUUCCCUCUUUCCUAAAUGGAUUCCUCUAUUUUGUGGUUGCAACUGUGUGGACCUCCCUCCUGUACAUUAUUUUGUAUGCGACAAACGUGAUUGAGGUUCUGAAGAACUUUGAUCAGUCGUUUCGCUAUGUGCAAGGAGUAACGCCUCUAACGUCUCCAUCAACAGUGGCCACGAUCAUUAGCUGUUAUGUGAUCAGUCUUCCCGUGAUUCAGGGGAUAAUGAAUGACCGGAAGCCAGUGAACCUUGGACGGGUUGUUGUGAUCCACAAUACACUCUUGAUGCUCGCCUCCGCUGCAUUGGCAGCUGGAAUCGCUUUCUAUGUGUUCCAAGAUAUAUAUAAGAACGGCUUUUACCAUUCUAUUUGUAGUGCAGAAACGCACGACAAUGCGUCUCUGCACGUUUUGUACUAUAUGAACUACUUACUCAAGUUCUAUGAGUUCGUGGACACCUAUGUGAUUCUUCUGAAAAAGCGUCCGCUCAUUUUUCUCCACUGGUACCACCACGCAAUCACCGCGCUCCUAACCUACAUCCAACAGAACGAUUACACGCCGGUUCAGUGGGUUCCCAUUCUCAUGAACUUGAUCGUCCACGUCGUGAUGUACUCGUACUAUUUGAUGUCGUCUCUGCACAUCCGUUGCUGGUGGAAGCAAUACCUCACCCUCUUCCAGAUCGUGCAGUUCAUUGUAGACUUGAUUGUGUGCACUUAUUGCGCUCUCCAUCUCUGGGAAGAGCCGCGAACCUGUUUUGGAACGGCACGUGCCGCAUACUCCGGACUGGGGAUUAUCGGCUCGUACUUCCUGCUGUUCAUUCGCUUUUACUAUACAAACUACAAAGCUAAAGAGAAGAGAGAAUAG